AUGGAUGAUGUCAAAGAUCCAUUCGAUUGGCUCUACGAUGAAAAUAUUACUCAUACUCCAUCAACUGCCGUGUCAUGCUUAUCACAAUGGGACAACAAUUACGAGCCUGCUUACAGUGAAGUUUCUCCUUCUCAACAAGCGAAUGGGAAUAGUGGUGAAAAAGCAGCCGCUCCUGACGGUAUUCGCAACAUCAUUCCAUCUCGAAUCGUAUCUCAGUAUCUCGCUUACUGCAACGAGACGAUUGGUGGGAGCAAUUUCAAACCACUUGCUCCAUCAUCAUUGUUUGCCAUUCAUCAAAAAUGUGCUGCAUCUACACGAAAAAGUCUCGCCGGCUUGGAUAACUUUUCGUCCGAUGGCGGAACUGCAUUUGAUCAACUUCGGAAAUUGUGUGACGAGAUCGCCACUUUCAGUAAGUAUCUAAUUCAAUUACCUGCGCCUUGGCUCUGA